ACGUUUGUGUCUCUUAUUUGUCCCGCAUGGAGAAAGAGGAGGCGCUGCGGAGCCUGCUGCAGAUGUUAGCCGCUGUGGUUCAGAUAAACUCGGACUUCUGCGCCGCUGCCGCUGCCUACAUGCGCCGGCGGAGGGAUAUUCUCCGGGCUCUGUGCCACAGCUCCGGGCUCCGGGCCCGGCGGCAGCGGCUGCUGCGGAGGAGGAACCAGCGGCCAGCAGCAGAGCGCCGGUUCUGGGUGAGGCCGGGCAGGAGCACCGCGUGGUGGGAUAACUUCACCAGCGGAGCCGCGGCUCCGGAGGAGUGGAGGGAAAACUUCCGCAUGUCCCGGGAGGCUCUGUUGCAGCUCAGCGACAGGCUGCGGCCGCACGUGCAGGGAGAGACGACGAAGAUGCGCGCGCCCGUGGAUGUUUUGACAAAAGUCGCGUGCACGCUGUUUUACCUGAGUGACGAGGGCAGGCUCCGGAAGACCGCGGACGCGUUCGGCCUGUCCCGAUCCUCCGUUUCAGUCUUCAUCAGACAGGUGUGCAGGGCGGUCUCGGUGUUCCUGGGCCCGGACUACAUCCGGACGCCGAGCAGCCAACAGGAAGUGGAGGACCUGGUGCGGGGCUUCAGCCGGGCGCACGGGCUGCCGCAGUGCCUCGGCGCCGUGGACUGCACGCACGUGGCGGUGAAGCAGCCGGCGCUGCGGCCCUCGGACUACAUCAACGCCGCCGGGGCGCACUCGCUCAACGUGCACGCUCUCUGCGACUACAAGUCCUGCUUCCUGGACGUGGUGGUGAGGUGGCCCGGGGGCGCGCACGACGCUCGCAUCUUCGCUGAGUCCAAGCUCAGCGCCGACCUGAGGGACGGGACGAUCCCGCCGUGCCCCAGAGAGCUGCUGCAGGGCGAAGCGCCCGUCCCGGUGUAUCUCCUAGGAGACGCGGCGUUCCCGCUACGGCCCCGCCUGAUGAAGGAGUACCCGGCGGGUGGCGAGACACCGGCGGAGCGCCGCUUCAGCCGGACGCUGUGCGGGGCCCACACCGCGAUCCGGACGGCGCUGGGGCGCCUCAAGGCGCGCUUCGGCGCCCUGCGGCGAGCCAUGGACAUCAACAUGGACGCGCUGCCGUUCGUCAUCCACGCCUGCUUCGUCCUGCACAACUACUGCGAGGCCAGCGGCGAGGCGGUGAGCGAGCGGAGCCUGGACGCGGCGCUGCGGCACGAGCGGGACGCCCAGCCGCCCGCCAGCGUCUCUGAGGAGACGGCAGAGCAGGACGCCGAGGGACAGGCAGUCAGACGCGUGCUGACCAAGUUCCUGGACACGUGAUGUCCUAAAAACGUGCUCAUGUAGCUCAGUAGUUGCGGCUUUUAUGUUGCUUUUUUGACGUAAAAAAAAGAAAUAUCCGAGUAAAUGUUGCAUUACAUGUUUGCAGCCGUCAUUGUGCUCAUGUAAAUAUAUCAAUCUACACGUGUGUGAAUGUGUGUGUGUGUGUGUGUGUGUGUGUGUGUGUGUGUGUGUGUGAAUAGUUUUUACAAGUGCAAAUUUUAACCUACAAGGUAAGAUUUGUUGUUCUGCAAGCUCUCACAUUUUGCACCAUAUUUACCUUCACACACACACAGACAGAGACACAUACAGGCACAUACAGUUUAGGACACAUUAUGUAAAUAUCAGAUGUCAUAUAAGAAUGUCAUGUUUAGUUUUUCUACAUCAUCUGUCCUGCUCCAGUGAACACGGCGUUUGUAACUUGUUGAAUCAUACGUUCAUAACUCAGUAUUUGUCCCGACUGAACUCUGUUUCUGGCUCUGUUAUGACUCACGAGGCUUUCAAAAUAAAGGUCUUCUUCUUGUUCA